AAAGAAAACAAAAACCACAGCCCACAAUCUAAUUCUUCUCAAGAAUCCAAACAAAGUGCUACGCUGUCUUCAUCAUCUUUCUUUCGCUGGAAGAAACCCACCGCCCCCAGUAUCUCUUCCAUGAUUCGGAUGCUCCUUUCUCGCUUUAAAGUCCCAUUGGUUUCAUCGCCUCAAAGCCUCCUUCGGCCUAAUGGACGAAGUACUUCGGUUACUCGGAUACUUCAGGACCAUGUGGGAGUGUCUUCACGUAUGAAAACAGUUAUUGGGUUUAGAGCCUUUUGUGCUGGCAAAGAUUUGUCAGCCAAGAAGUGUGUGCCAUGCAACUCAAAUGAGAUGAGGCCCAUGACAGAACAAGCAGCACAUGAACUGAUCUCACAGGUUCCUGAAUGGGACUUGGUAAAUGAAGGUGGUAGAUUGAGGUUAAGUCGGUCAUGGAAAGUCAAGACUUUCUUGAAAGGUUUGGAGUUCUUUGAGGCUGUUGCUAAUGUUGCUGAAGCAGAAGGUCAUCAUCCAGAUCUUCAUCUUGUUGGAUGGAACAAUGUCAAAAUUGAGAUAUGGACACAUGCUGUUGGUGGACUUACAGAAAACGAUUUCAUUCUUGCUGCUAAGAUCAAUGGGCUCAAGUUGCAUGAUCUCUUGCGUAGAAAAGCUUCUAAUGGAUAGAAGUACGCAAGGGCUUAAAUGUCAAUAAGUACCACAACUCUGCGAAACUACAGUUUGUUAUGGUAGUCUCUCAGUUAAUGGCAGUGAUUCUGUAUGGACAGACAUCUUAUAUGCAGUUCAACUCAAUUUCCUUUCCUCUCAUCAUUCUGUCUGAACAUUUGUUGGUAGGGUUGUUUGAAAUAGCAGUUUUGUUGAGCAACUUAUGCUAUUUUGGGAAUUUUAGUCAAGAAGGGUUUUCGAAUAGAGAAUUUUUGGCACCAAACAGUACGCUAACAUUUCAAAGCUAAAGAUAUGACUGGUUCAUUA